GAGUGAGUGAGAGCUAACCGGUACAAAUGUAACUGCUGGGUUAAUAAAUACUCUGUAUUGUACUGGCGUCGCUGGGUGAAGCAGAAUCAUGAGGAGAUCGAGAAUAAGCAUCAAGCCUAAUUUCCGGCCUGGAAAUCGGGGUAGUGCCACCGGUGAGCAGACCUCACAAGGGGUCGCGGAGGCAGGCGAAACACUGCCGACAAACACAGCUGCAGAAGCUGAAAGCCAACCACCCUCUCUUCAGCACACCACCCCCCAAAAAGAGCCGGUUCAGGAUGUGGGUCUAAAAAAUUCUCUAGAGUCUUCCUCAACUAAUCUAAAUCACGAGGAACCCUCUAGUGGUGCCACCACCCCAGCAGCACCUCCACAGAGGAGAAUGAGAAUCUCUGCAGCUCCAAGAAUUUCUGGACCCAAAUUGACUUCUACACCUCGAACGUCUACCAGAAAGCCUAGUAGUGUAACAUCAUCUUUACUGACCAAUCAAGAACAUAAGCAGAUUCCAAAUCCAGCUUUUGAGACUCAGGCUUCUCUUUCAAAGAUCUCAGAUGAUCAAUUGGAGUCCACCACCCCUCCAAAACUGGCUACACAGUCUUUUACAGAAAAUUCCUCCUCUUCUCCAUGCAUCCCUUCCACCUCUGGCUCUCAAAAGACUCCUGUCCAUGGGAAAAAGUCUAUGAUCAGCUCUCCUCCAUCUCCAAAGCCUGGUCAAGUUCCUCAGCAACCACCACAGGAGCCAGAACCGGAUAAAUGUUCUCUUUCAUCAGAGGAUAUAUCUUCAAGUUGUGUGAAACUCACCAGGUUUGAUGAUUCAAACUCUCCUGAUGUGAAUGGAAAAUCCCUAGAUAGAGAGAGGAUCCUCAGAGCCCUCAAACUGAAGGAACUGAUGAAGUUAGAGCGCCGAAAGGAUAUGAAGGAGGGAAAGCGAGGUGUCAGGCAUAAAGAAUACACGGCCAUGGACCGCAGUAAGAUGACCAUGAGAGACCUCAUUUAUUACCUGCCAAAUACCAGCCCUAUGAGGUCAUCAGUGAACCUUGUGGAAGAGGAGAACCAGGAGACAAUUGUUCCAUGUUCACCCAAGAUGUCAAUUAAAACACCAGAGAUGGAGGAGGAAGAUGAGGAGUCUGAGAAUGAAGAGAUGAUGGUGCCAAAGGUCAGAGUGGCAGAGGAUGGUUCAAUCAUUCUAGAUGAUGAGAGCUUGACAGUGCGAGUACAAAGGCUUUCUAAAACCCAAGUGGAGAACUCGAGUGCACAGUUUGAGCGUGGCUCUACCACCACUUACAGCAGCUUCAGGAAAUUGAAUCAUGUGAAGAGCUGGUCUGUUAGAGAGACAGACCUGUUCUUCCUGGCUAUUAGCAUGGUGGGGACAGAUUUUUCUAUGAUUGGUCAGUUGUUACCCCACCGUAGCCGUGCUGCAAUUAAGAACAAAUUUAAGAGAGAGGAUCGAACAAAUGGAUGGAGGAUUGAUAAAGCAAUGAGAAACAGUCGACCUUUUGACAAGGAGUUCUUUUCAUUUUUGCUCGAGAAGGUUUUGGCGAAAGAUAAAGAAAAGGGAAAAUCUGUCAAACUGGUUAUGAAAAACCCCCAAAAAGCACGGAAACCCAGAGGUAAAAAAGCCAAAGCAUGUGAUGAAGAGUGGCUAAGUGAUGAUCUUGAUGAUGAAUUGCAUGCAGAAGAUGAUGGGUAUAUCAAUGCAGAAAAGGAAAAUGAAGAUUCCUGUAAUGUAAACCAAACAGAAAACUCUGUCCCUGCUAAAAAGAAGCGCAAACGCAAAGAUGCCAAUGAGGAAAAGGACAAAGAGGAGUCCACUGUCAUUAGAAAGAAAAGAAAAUAUACCAGAAAAAGCCAGAAAGAGACACAGUCAUCCAAGAACGGUGCUGAAGGUGAAGACGACCUUUUGAUUUUGGAGGGUGACACUGUUAAUGUAGAUGACGAGAAUCAGCUCGAGUCGAGUGAUGCAGCUCCAAAAGAGAAGCGCAGACGCUCUAAAAAGAAAGAAAACAAGGAUGAAACCCCAGCUGAAGAAAACAAAGGCAAACGGCGCAAAAAAUCACUCAAAGUUACUCAAGACCUUGAAGUGUCCAGUAGCGCUAAUGAACAAAGCACCAUUGCGGAUGAGGAGGAUUCUGCAGCUGCUUCAAGUACAGUAGAAAAUGGGGAAGCUGUAACAGAAGCAGAUGCUUCACCAUCAGGUCCUCUGGAAGCUGAAAAGAUAGAUGCUCCGGUUACAGCUGAAGCAGUGGAGAAGGUUCCACAGAAACCUGGCAAGCGUCCCAAAAAGCCAUCACCUAACCUGGCUUCAAAAAGAUGCAAGAAAACCUCAAAACCUGCAAUAACAGAGGCUGAUGAGCUGCAAGAGAGUCAAAAUGAGAAUAAUGAAUCCGUUGCAAAGGCAACAGGUAGUCCUCUACUGAAUGAAAGGCUCCAGCAGCAGGCAGUGGUUGUGCUAGAAAAGACACCACCAAGAAUGAAAAACCUGCUCAGCCCUUCAAAAUCUCAAAACUCAAACCAUGAAUUAGAUUCUUCUGUGGAAUCUCCUGCUCCUGUUGGUGAAAGUUCUGUUGGAAAACAGUCCAGAGUGCAGAGAGUAGAAAAAGCCAAGCGUAAUCUUACAGCUGGUGGGAAAAAGGGAGGAACAAAAGGGAUGAUGGGUCAGGACGAGGCUGAACCAGGCACCUCUGCAGAGGUUUUGAAGAGCCCAACAGAUCUGCUAGAGCAGAUGGUCAACCAGGAAUCAGAAGUUUCCUUGGAUGUGAACCUGAUCGAUUUUUCAUGUCUGCGAGAUUUUGAUAGUCAGAUGUUUCCAAAAAGACCCAUGGUGGUGUUAUCCCGUGAAGAAGUGGACAAAAUUCUCAAUCAGGAUCAAUCUGAUGAUGAAGAUCCAUCGUUAAGUCCUCUGGAUUUAUCGAUAAACACAGAGCUGUCGUUUCCACUGCAGUGCAGCAGCCUUAUGGUGGAUAAUAAUGAAGAAUCCCAGGUUGAGAGUGGUGUUGAGUAUGGGGACAGAGCCCAGGAUGUUCAUUCAUGUUGUAUUCCACUUGAGGAAAGGCAGUGUGAAGACCCAGAUUUAACAUUUUCUGCACUGGUACAUUCUGAUACCUCAUUUCUGAAAGAUAAUUCUACCUCCUUCAAACUAGAAGAUGUCACGAUACCAGAAAACAAGCUUCAGGCAUCUGCACCUGUUGUUCUGGAUAAUGUAGCUACUUUUGAUCAAGCUCAAGAUUAUUCUAAGGAACAUAAAACAAUCCCUAUGCCAAUCCCAAUGCCAACCUCAAUCGAAGAGGAGUCACCAGAGUCUGCACUGGUGUUGUUGGAAGUUGGGGAGAAAUCAGAACAAUCUGCAGCAACAACUGAAUUUAAGGAUGAAUCACAGAGGUCACUUCAGGCAGAUGUGGACACCAAAGAGAAAUUGCAGGGAUUUUCUAAAACCUUGAAUAAAAUGCACGAGUCUGUGGAGGCAACUUCUAACGUUAAUGAAGAAUUACAUGGAUCUCAGGCUGCAACGUUUUUAAUGAAAGAGGAGUUACAACUAUCUCUGUUAGAAUCUUCUGACAUCUUGAAGGAAUCACAGGAGACCCAAGUGGUAACACCAGAAAUUAAAGAAGGAUCACAGGAUCCAGAGUCAGCAUUCUAUAAAGGAAAGAAGGAAUUGGAACCAUCUCAUUUGGAAUCAUCUAACGUCUUGAAGGAAUCACAAGAGUCUCAAGUGAUAACACCAGAAAUUAAAGAAGGAUCACAGGUGUCUGAGUCAGCAGCCUAUGAAGGAAAUAAGGAAUUGGAACCAUCUCAAUUGGAUUCAUCUAAUGUCUUGAAGAAAUCACAAGAGUCCCAAGUGGUAACACCAGAAAUUAAAGAAGGAUCACAGAGGUCUGAGUCAACGACCUAUGAGAGGAAAAAGGAAUUGGAACCAUCUCAAUUGGAGUCAUCGACGGUCUUGAAGGAAUCACAGGAGUCCCAAGUGAAAACACCAGAAAUUAAAGAAGGAUCAAAGGGGUCAGAGUCAGCAUCCCAUGAAGAGGAGAAGGGAUUGAAACCAUCUCCAGUAGAACCGUCUGAAGUCCUGAAGCUAUUGCAGGAGUCACAAGUGGUAACACCAGAAAUUAAAGAAGGAUCACGGGGGUCUAAGUUGGUGUCCUAUGAAGGAAAAAAGGAAUUGGAAUCAUCUAAUGUCUUGAAGGAAUCACAGAAGUCCCAAGUAGUAACACCAGAAAUUAAGGACGCGUCAACGGGAUCAUGGUGGUCAACCCUUGAAGUGAAAAAGGAACUGGAACCUUCUAAAGUCCUGAAGCUAUCGCAGGAGUCACAAGUGGCAACACCAGAAACUGAGGAAACAUCUCCAAGAUCUGUUCAGGCAACCACAGAGAUCCAAGGGGGUUUUCUCAGGGCAAUUCCAGAAGUCAAGGACUCCCAGAAAGAUGAAAACCUUCUAUCCAGUAGUACCCCAGAGUCUUCUAAGAGACGGAGCAGGUUAAUAAAACCAAAACCGAACCUGACUUCCAGAGCUCCAAGUCUUCAGAACCGAGGACGAGAUCUACAAAAUAAGACUAGAGAGCCUUCAGUCUCUUCUGAAAAACCCGUACAUCAAGCUCAUACUGAUGGUCAUCAGCGUGUCCUUACGAAGGAAGGCAUCUCUGAAGCUGAGGAAACCUCUCGGCCAUGUGAAGUGGAUCAUAUGGAAUCUAAACCAGCAAAAGAGUCAGCUCUGAGUGGUACAUCUACAGCGCUACAAGAGCAGAAGCUUCUCACUGCAUCAUCCCAAACCACAUUCACUGCCGAUGAACCACAUGUGGAUUCUAAACAAACUAGCAGUACGUCUAAUGCUGCACCUUGUGAACCGGUGGCAGAAAACUUCCAGAAUGUGGAUACUUCAUGUAGUUCACCUAUAUCCAUCCAGGCUGGCAAACAUGUCUGUGCCCCUGCAGAAAUCAUCCACUCUAUUGAAGCUGGCCAUGAUGAUGAGGAACCCACCAUCAUUUUGACUCUCUAUGAGAUUCCUGUAAGUGAAGUAUAUCAAGAUUUAGCCAGUACUGACUCUGGGAUGACACCUGACCAAGUCCAGUCUCCUCGGCCACUUCCAGAGCAGUUUAAUAGUUCACCAUCUACAAACAGAAAUGACCAGCAUUCUGGAUCUAGAAAGGCUAUUAUGGUCACUGAUGUGGAUGAUAGUAAAAUAAUUCACUUAACCAAUUUAGAAUGCAGUCCUGAGCUGAUUGGUGCAGAGGGUAAUGAUAAUGCUCCAGAAAAUAAAGCAAAAUCCCCCAUGAAGGCAGUUCAAGAGGAAACUACUAUGGAGGCAGCACUGGCUUCUGCAACAUUUCCAGAAACCAUAAGACUGCAAGCAAAAAAUAAACCCAGUGGGGCCCAUGGAAGUCUAGAAGGUCUGUCUGCUGAAAGCAUAAACUCUGAGUCCGAGUGCGAAGAAAGCGCAGAAGAUCGGAUUUCUUGCAUGAAUUCAUCCCAGCAAGAUGAAGAGGACGCUGAUCCAUGUGAAAGUGUAUCACAUAUGGUUUUGGCCGAUAUCUUUGUCCCUGUCUCAAUGGAGAUGGCAGAUGUUUCAUGCCAAGACUGGUCAAUGUCUAGAGAAAGCAAACUCAAGGAGGAAAGCUCAUCAGAUUGUCCUCCAGACAGACAAAGUACUUUUUAUGAUGAACCAACAAAGAUAGAAAAUUAUUCGGCAGUGAACAAUCCGAUUAUUACUGGGACAGAAGAUUCAAGAGAAAGUCCAUCUUUGUCAAAGGAGAAAAAAGCACCUGCCAGAAGACGAGGUAGAAUAAACAAGCCGCAACCUAAACUUAUAGGAAAAGCACGAGCUAAAGACGAUUCCUCAAGAACUCUUCAACCUGUUAUGGAGCAGAGUCCAUCAGCCUCCUCACAAAUCAUGCCAAAAGCUCAGCAAAAUGGUGCAUUACAGGAGAAAACAUUGGCAGGUAUUUCAAGUGAGCAAGAUACUGCAAAUAAGAAGUCACAAGAUAACAAAAAAGCUGCUAGUUCAGAUGAACCUGAGUUGUCCAAAGAACGUACGGAUGAAAAAGAGUGCAGUGAGAAAUCAACCAACACUGUACCAGGAGAAACUACCAUCAAAGAAGAUGUGGAUUCAAGCUCGGUACAUAAAGACAGUUCUGACUCUUUCCAUGUGGACUCUGAGGAAGUUGAGAAUACGUGUGAUACUGUUUCUCACAUGGUGUUGGAAGAUCUUUUUGUUCCCGUCUCAGAUGAGAUGGAUGAUGAUGGAAGAAAUAACUGGCUAAUAUCAACAGACAGAACUUCACAUCAAGAAGUUAGUUUUACUCUAAAUACACUGGAGGAUGACUGUGAAAAGCAGUUAGAAUCUACACAUCACUGCAAAAGAGUCACUGAGGAUAAAGAACAAAAACCUUCAUCAUCAAAAGAGGCUAAAUCACCCAGCAGAAGAAGAGGUAAAAAAAAAAUCUGUAAACACCAGGUGAAAGGGACUGAUUCAGAAACUAAGGAAGCAUCGGACAUGGUGCACCAUGAAGAAACAUUACAGAGAGUUCAUCACAUCAUACCAUGCACUGUCAAGCUCUCAAAAUGUACGGACAUUCUGCCUGAGGCCACAGAAAAGAAAAAAGAUGCAUCUCCAAAGGAGGUAAAAAAGGCAACCGUUUCCAAUUCAUUUACUCAAUCUGUUGAGUCAACAAAGACAUCAGUAUUGGAAGAGGUGAAAUUAAAGAAGCCAGAAUCCAAGAUCAAAUCCCCUUCAAGAAGAAGAGCAACUAAUAAAUGGCUUUUGUUUCUAGGCAAGAACAAUGAAUCCUCGAAAAAGGAUCCAUCAAACUUGGUUUCCCAAACACGUCAGUUAACUAUAAUGAACUGGGCAAAGAAAAUACCAGUUCAAACUGCAACCAAAUUGGAAGACCCAUUAAAGACAUCACAGAUCCAGUCAAAUGAGAAAUCCAAAGAAAGUUCAGCACUGAUUCCUGUUGUACGUGAAGACCAACUCACUGUUGAUAAGACGUUGACAUGUUUGAAAUCACAAGGUGCAGAGCAAGUUAAGGGUCUUUCUAAUUUGGUGUCUGGUUCUGAGGAUACUGACAAAGCAAGCUGCUCUACCAGGAUACAAGAAGAUGAGGAAGCAUUAGCAACGAUGCAGGAAGUCAGGGAAGCAGGAGCAGGCCAGUCAGACACCCAGCUGACCAAACCACCUACUAGACGUAGAGCCAAACUACAGGUAACACCCAGACUCUUAAAAAGGAAGUGUGCCAAAGACGAUAACAUCUCAAAAUCUGAUCAGCCACAGCCUACCCAGUCCACCUUGCCAACCUGUCAGCAGGCCAGGACAACCGAUGCACUGAAAGAGUCUGAUGAGCCAACUAAGCAGCACACACAAGACGUCUCCAGUACUUCCAAAAUGGAAUCAAACUCUAAGAAUAAAGAAAGCACUUUAAUGCCGAGUGGUCCUCAGUCUCCUAAAUCUCAAGAUCUUUGGCCAAGGGUUGUCCUGUCUCGCAUCAGCUUAAGCCCUAGUCAGCGUGGUUCCGGCUCUGACUCCUCUACCCCUACAUCCUCUCCAGCCAGGGUUUCAACUCAUGCAACCCAAACAAUAACCUCACAGGUGAAGACGUCUCCUGUCACUAAACAGCCAUGCUCUCCAACUUCAAGUGAGAAUACUGAAGAUGAUCCAUCAAGAGUAUCUCAGUUCUUCUUGUGUGAUAUCUUCACUGAAGUAGACGAUGACUGA